AUGGAGGAUGAAGACAACUUAAGUACCAGCAGUGCAGAAGUAAAGGAAAAUCGAAAUAUUGGCAACCUGGAGGAUCAUCCAAUAUCCUCUAAUGAGAGGGCAAGAGGGGGAACACCUAGCAGUAAGAGAAAAAGACCCUUAGAGGAAGGCAAUAAUGGCCAUUUCUGCAAACUCCAGCUCAUCUGGAAGAAAGUCUCGUGGUCAGUGACGCCAAAGAACGCUCUGGUUCAGCUACAUGAACUUAAACCAGGUUUACAAUAUAAAAUGGUUUCCCAGACAGGUCCAGUGCAUGCUCCAGUCUUUGCUGUUGCUGUGGAAGUAAAUGGUCUUACGUUUGAAGGCACGGGGCCCACAAAAAAGAAAGCCAAAAUGCGUGCUGCGGAGCUAGCUCUGAAGUCAUUCGUUCAGUUCCCCAACGCCUGCCAAGCUCACUUUGCCAUGGGGAACUGCAUCAAUCCAUCCACAGACUUUACUUCUGAUCAGGCAGACUUUCCAGAUACUCUGUUCAAGGAGUUCGAACCAUCUACACACAGCAAGGACUUUUCAGUCUAUAACCCUGUUAAUAACGAAUUGCUUUCCACUGCUUAUCGACACGGGCGCUUACUCUGCCAUACGCUGGACUUAAUGGGCCACAGUAAGCAAAACAAGCACAAGAUGGCAUCCAAAGCGGAGAGCGAGAAGAACCCGGUGGUGCUGCUAAAUGAGCUGCGGUCGGGUCUGCGAUACGUCUGCCUGUCAGAGACAGUGGAAAAGCAGCACAUCAAGAGUUUUGUGAUGGCAGUGCGAGUGGAUGGGAGAACAUUUGAAGGCUCAGGACGUAGCAAGAAGCUGGCCAAGGGUCAAGCAGCGCAGGCGGCCCUGCAGGCCCUCUUUAACAUUCGGCUGCCCAGCCACAUUCCCAGCAGGAGUAAAUGUCACCAUUUGCCACAGGAUUUUGCCGACUCCGUAUACCAAAUGGUUGCACAGAAGUUCCAGGAGCUGACAGAUAAUUUCACUUCCAUGCAUGCACGCCACAAAACUCUUGCAGGCAUUGUGAUGACCAAAGGUUUGGACAUCAGGCAAGCUCAGGUUAUUGUGCUGUCAUCGGGUACCAAAUGUAUAAAUGGGGAAUACAUUAAUGACCAAGGGCUUGCAGUCAACGACUGCCAUGCAGAAAUUGUGGCAAGAAGGGCAUUUGUUCACUUCCUCUACUCACAGCUGGAGCUACACUUAAGCAAACGGCGAGAAGACUGGGAGCGAUCAAUCUUCGUGCGACUAAAAGAGGGAGGCUACAGGCUGCGGGAGAACAUCCUGUUCCAUCUGUACGUGAGCACUUCACCCUGCGGAGACGCGCGCCUCAACUCCCCCUACGAAAUCACAGCCGACUUGAACAGCAGCAAGCACAUAGUGAGGAAAUACCGUGGGCACCUCCGAACAAAGAUUGAGUCUGGAGAAGGAACCAUACCCGUCCGGUGUCACAACGCAGCUCAGACGUGGGAUGGCGUGUUGCUGGGAGAGCAGCUCAUCACCAUGUCCUGUACAGACAAAAUUGCCAGAUGGAACAUCCUUGGGCUCCAAGGGGCUCUCCUCAGCUCCUUCAUCGAACCCAUGUACUUACACAGCAUCAUUGUGGGAAGCCUCUAUCACACUGGUCACCUUUCCCGGGUAAUGAGCCAUAGAAUAGAAGACAUUGGUCAGCUGCCAGCUUCAUACCGGCGCAAUCAGCUGCUUCUCAGUGGAGUUAGCCACGCUGAUGCUCGGCAGCCCGGAAAAUCUCCCAGCUUCAGUGUGAACUGGAUUGUGGGGAACACCGACCUGGAGGUUAUCAACGCCACGACAGGGAAGAGGACCUGCGGGAGUCCCUCACGGCUCUGCAAGCACAUGUUCUUCACUCGGUGGGCAAAGCUUCAUGGCAAGAUACCAAGCACACGAAUACCAAGCCAUGGAGACAUGCCAUCGGUGUACAGCGAGGCAAAGCUGGUGGCUCAGACGUACCAGUCUGUCAAGCAGCAGCUGUUUAAAGCAUUUCAGAAAGCCGGUCUGGGCACCUGGGUGAAGAAACCCCCAGAGCAAGAUCAGUUCUUACUAACUGUAUAA